CCUCCCCCGCCCGUCCCCGCUCGCCGACGUCUGUAGGUCUCCGCGUCCGCGCCCGGCCGGAGGCAGUGACCUGGCCUGGCUUUGAGCCCGGCUUCGUGCCGUCGAGGACCUCGGUGUAGUUGAACUCUCACAGCUUUUUCUAGCCCGGCUUUGGGCACUUGUUCGUGGGUGUGCGUUUCUGUUUUCCUCUAAAUGUUCCCAGGAGGCUUCUCAACAGGUGUCAGCUCCCCAGAGGCCUGCGUGUCUGCGUGGCAGUGGAAGGAGCCUCUCCUGCUUCCCCUUCUGACUGCCUGGGAUUCGAGGCCCAGGAGAAACAGCAGAGAUGUCCAACGAGCCACCCCCUCCUUAUCCUGGAGGCCCCACGGCCCCCCUUCUGGAGGAGAAGAGUGGAGCCCCACCUACCCCAGGCCGCACCUCCCCAGCUGUGAUGCAGCCCCCACCAGGCAUGUCGAUGCCCCCCGCAGACAUCGGUCCCCCACCCUAUGAGCCACCAGGUCACGCGAUGCCUCAGCCCGGCUUCAUCCCCCCGCACAUGAAUGCAGACGGCACGUACAUGCCUCCAGGUUUCUACCCUCCUCCAGGCCCCCACCCACCCAUGGGCUACUAUCCACCAGGGCCCUAUCCGCCAGGGCCCUAUCCUGGCCCUGGGGGCCACACUGCCACAGUCCUAGUUCCUUCAGGGGCCGCCACCACGGUGACGGUGCUGCAGGGAGAGAUCUUUGAAGGUGCGCCUGUACAGACGGUAUGUCCCCACUGCCAGCAGGCCAUCACCACCAAGAUCUCCUAUGAGAUUGGCCUGAUGAACUUUGUGCUGGGCUUCUUCUGCUGCUUCAUGGGGUGUGAUCUGGGCUGCUGCUUGAUCCCUUGCCUCAUCAACGAUUUCAAGGACGUGACGCACACGUGCCCCAGCUGCAAAGCCUACAUCUACACGUACAAGCGCCUGUGCUAACGGAGCCGGGACUGGACUCCCUGCUGUCAGUCUGGCCCCCUGUGCUUCUGCUCCCCUUGCUCAGUGGCUCGCUUCCCUGCUCCCAUUUGGGGAUGGAAGCCGUUCCACCGGUCCCCUGGAAGUCCUGUCCUUUUUGGCUUGCCCUUCCCUGAGCAUCUGACUCUUCGGCAAAAAUUCUGUUGGAUUUAAGGCCAAGGGUCAGCGAGUGGCAGGGGGAUGGCACUGAGCCGCAUGUUGCUGGUUUGCUUGGUGUUUGUGAUGAGGAAGAUAAACUGGGAAGGGUCUCCUCGCACAGUCUCCCUGCUGGGGUCUCUCUCAUUCCUCUUCUGUACAAAGUAUAGAUUUGGUCCUGACUCUCCCUGGGACCAAAAGCAGCCAGAGCAGAACUGGGGCCUGCACUGGGGCUGUAUCUCUUGCCACGGUUAUUUCUGAUCUGCUGGGCUGAGAGUGGGGGAGUGGACCCAAGCAGGACAGGGACAUAAGGCCUGGCUCUGUUUUGGGGUGCCAGAGGUGGGCAUGAGUAUUAGAAGGAAUGACUCUGGCCCUCAGAACUCCGAAACUCAACGCCUUUUCCAAGUGCCCAGGAGUCACCUGGGGUAAGGUAGAGAGGUUAGCACACCUGCAAGUAACAGGGUAAGCUUGCCAAGAAGGGACUUGCCUCUGGCCCCUGCCCAGCUCCCUUUCUGGCCACCCCUCCACAAACCCAUCUUUGCUAGUGCCAGAAGGAACGCCCAGGAGCCUAGCUCAUCUGCCUAUACCACAUCCUUGCUGUGUGUGAGCAAGACCUUUGCCCAGGGGCUGGCGUAGCCUGGCCAGGACUGGAGGGGACAGGGACCGCUUCGCAAACACGCUCAGAUUUGCAGUGCGUUCGUGGAUCCUCUUCCCAGUAAACGCUGGGCCCCUUCUCCUGGCUGACUUGCUGUCACUGUGCUUGUUUCAGCAGCAGGUACUGCAGCAGGAGCAGCUGUGGCACUGGACUAGGACAGGCUGGGGAUGAGGAAGGAGCAGCCACACGUGGCGGAAGUGCCCUGGUGGACACCUGCCCUGGGCCUGAGCCCACACUGUAUUUCCUGGUUUGUCUGUGAACUUGAUCACGUGGACCGCUGUACCCGCCGCCCCUCUCCUCGUCUCGCACUGCCACUGCAUGGCCUUCCUGUCACUGUGAAUCAUGGCUGCUCUCAGUUUGUAGUUUCUCAUUAAAUUGGCCCUUUCACUCCCCUGCCCUGGGCCUCUGCUCUCUUGCCUGGCUUCCUUCUUCAAGGGAAAGAGGGUGGGGCUAGAAGUGGUCAAAGGGCAGGGGCUUGAGUCCUCAGGGUCUUAGUGCUUAUGACCCACUGACUGCCCAGAGAAGACAAUAAGCCACUUGGGAAUCCAGUGUGGAGGUGGACGAGCCCUGGGAUGCUAGCUGUGACCUGGCUAGGAUAGGAGUCCACUUCACUGCACUGUAGGGUCACCUUACUGUCUCUGAUCCUGGUCUCACCCGUCUCCACACCAUGGCAUCUGCCCACACGGUCUGCAGGCUGGAGCCCCCUGGCUUGAGCUCAGGGUCAUCCCACCCUGCAGGCAAAUACCCUUGCUCCCUUAAGCAAGACAGCAAGCCACUGGGGCUGAGGCUUCUGGUCUGAAGGCUAAUGGGAGGUAGGCAAUCGGCCCCCAGGUUGAGCCAGCUCCUUCCCUACCCCUCAUCUUAACUGUGAAGUGGGUUGGCUUGGUCACGAGUUGAAGACAAGUUUUCCCCACCAUUUAAUCCUUUUUUGAAUAAAAGUUUUGCAGAUCCUCAAAAUAUAAAACAGGAAACAGAUUCCUAUCAAUAAAAGUAUUUAAAUUCA